AUGGCAGGGGUCCAGGAGCUCACCCCGCUUUGCUGGAGAAGCACGUUUCCCGCCCCCUCCCUGGAUUGCCUCACGUUGCCACCACCCUUCAGCAGACUGACGGCACCUGUCCCCAUCCUUAACACUCCCGACCCUUCACAGCAGUUCGUGGUGGAGGUGGAUGCAUUAGAGUUUGGUGUUGAAGUGGUUCUGUCGCCGCGCUCUUCCUCAGAAGAUACAUCCGUGCACUUUUUUCUCUUCACCUUACCCCAGCAGAGCGGAAUUACGAUGGUUGCCAGGGGAAAUGGGGAGUUCUUUGACCGCAUGAAUAAAAUCCUCCAGAAACAGGAUAGUCUGCUGUCUGCCAGCCAAACUGAGGAGGACAGCAGCUGCACUCCUCCACCCCCAGAGUGCAAGGAUGAGGCUUUUGUUCCAGAGAGAGUAACCAGGGAUGAGCUUGACUUGUUGUAUGAGGAGGCGAUCUACACCAUGGUCAAUCGGGUUGGGGUGCCAUCACCUGAGUAUGUCACAAAUGAAGGGGACAUUUUCAGCUACCUGCAGAAGGUCUUUGAUAUGGGUCAAGAGGAACACGGCAUUAUACUGCAGAGAGUGAGAGAAGCCAAGAGAGCCAGCUUUUCUCUCAGGGUCUCUGUAAUGAAAGGCAAAAAUCUCAUGGCAAAAGACACCAAUGGCUACAGUGACCCCUACUGCAUGCUGGGAAUUCUCUUGGGACAAUCACCCAAAGAGACAGAGGAGAAGAAGGAGAGGAAGUUCAGCUUUCGCAAGAGACGGGAAAAGUUAGAGAAGCGUUCCAGUGUUAAGGAGGUACUUGCGGGCAGAGAUAUCCAGGUCACCGAUGUCAAAUCUGAGACUCUGAACCCAGUGUGGAAUGAACACUUUGUUUUUGAUAUUGAUGAUGUUCACAAUGACCUCCUGCAUUUGGACAUAUGGGACCAUGAUGAUGAUGUUUCUGUUGCUGAAGCUUGUAAGAAGCUGAAUGAAGUCAGUGGACUCAGAGGAAUGGGCAGAUAUUUCAAGCAAAUUGCCAAAUCCGUGAGGGCUAACGGGGCCACCGCGUCAGGAAGUGAGGAGAAUGCUGAUGACUUCCUGGGGUGCAUCAACAUCCCACUGAAUGAGAUCCCAGUCAUUGGUUAUGAUAAGUGGUUUAAGUUGGAACCGAGGUCCAGUGCCUCUAAAGUUCAGGGAGAAUGUCACCUGAUUCUCCGCCUCUUCACCACUCAGAGAGACACGGCAUUAUGUAAAAUGGCCUCUAAUGUGACCAUUCACAAGAAGAUGCUGAGUCAGAUUCUGGAGUACGAACACAAUCAAAUUCAGAAAGAGCCAUUUAACUGGAAUGGACAGGUGUGUGCGGCUGCAUGGACCGUGCUGUCCCAUCAUGCAGUGCAGGCUGACCUCUCCCCUUUGCAGCAGGCCAUCAUCCGUUGGCAGUGUUACAGCAGUCAUCACCGCUCUCAGAGGAUGAGCUACGCUUUGCUUCUCAGACUGCUGAAAACAGUGGAGGCGGAGUGGGAGGAUACCGCCGUACACGGGGAGCUGGAGGGUCUCUUGGCAGAGAGCUUCAGGCUUUACUGUGAUUACUGCCUGUAUCAAAUGAAGAGUAUGCAUCAAGUAUUCCCCUGCAACAAUUCAUCUGCCAUCAUACGCUGUGAGCUAAUGCUGAGGAGCAUUGGUCAUAUGCAGUCAAUGGCAGCCUUUAGAUUGGUGUGUUCAAAACGCAAGGAACUACACUUGGAGAUAGCAACAGUUAUAAAGAGAGGCACAGUUGAGUGGUAUGAAGGAAUAAUAUCAAACAUUAAACCAGAUGAAGGAACUCUUGAGGAACAGUUGAGGCGUUUGGUUAUGGUGGUAGAUGCUGUUUGUGUUCAUGUGCAGAGAGGGCAACAUUUCUACAACAAGCUUUAUUACAGCUCUGUGAAGGUUGACUUCUUCAGUAUCUCCUAUCGGCAGUUAGAGAAACUUGUGGCAGAUGACGUGAGUGUUGCGAUGGAGCAAGUAGGUGGGAACCUGGAGCAGGAGAGUUCUCGGCUCACCCAAACGAUGGGAGAGACCCUGUUUGAGCUCUACAUGUCUCUAAAGACUCUCAAACUCUUCAGGGAAUUCUUGCCACUCAAAGAUACUAAGAUGUUGGCUCUUACUGGAUUUCACAACUGGUUCAAAACCUCUAUUCACAAAUGGUUGCAGAUUGUACAUGAAAGGUCCACUGACAGGAUCCGCAAAGCAGUGGAGAUGGAUCAGUUGGAGUCGAUCCUGAGUCAGACCAAACACAGCUCCUCGGCAUUGGAUGUUACAACAUGUUUCAGCCAGGUUCGGGAUUUCUGGGUCCAGCUGGCAUGGCCUGAUUCAGCGGGAGCCUUCAUUUUCAUCACAUGCUUGACGGAUAAUUUCUGCAGCGAGGCAAUGUGUUACGCUGAGCUGCUCAAGCACAAGAUUGAGAGGGGCCAGCUGGGACGGGACCACAAGAGCUUCAUUGUGCAGGUUUGCAUUGCUCUUAAUAGCACAGAGCAUGUGCGUGUGUACCUGGGGGGUUUGCCACGGGAGCUGGACUGGCGGGGGGUCGAACAGGCCAUGGAGGAGUCAUGCGGUUUGGAAGGGAAGGAGGAAGUCAACAAGUCCUUGAAUGGGCAGCUCUACAACGCUGACAUCGACCUGCAGAGGGAGGCUAACUGCCUAAUCACACACCUUACUGAUAAGAUGCUUCCUGAACUCAGGAGAUGCAUUCAACACAUCAGCCUCUCUCCAGACUCCAUCAACAAUGAUGAGGCAGUGGCUCCUCUGAUGAAGUACCUGGAUGACACUCUAGUCAUCCUCAAUGAGUCACUAUUUAAAGAGAAUCUAACAAGGGUUCUGCAGAGCCUGUGGGAGCUGCUCCUGCGCAUGAUCCUGGACACUGUGGCAGAGAACAGAGGUGUCCAGGUUGAAUUUUACACACGUUUCCAGUACACGGUAGAGACACUGGUGCGUUUUUUUAAUUCUGAUGGAGAAGGGCUGCUCAUGGAGGACCUUAAAAGUGGAGAUUAUAAGGUCCUGGAUGAUGAGCUGCGUCUGAACAAGUGCUCCUCCUUUGAGCUGAUCGAGCAGUAUUUCCUGGAGAAAAUCUCCCAGCAGCGAACCCUAAAGCAGAGUCGGUUUGGUCGUGUCAGUGUGAAGUGUUACUAUGAUGCCCCUGAGCAAAGACUCACUGUGGAGAUACUGCAUGCAGCUGAUCUCAUUGCACUAGAUGCUAACGGCCUCAGUGAUCCAUUUGUGAUCGUGGAGCUCUGUCCUCAUCACCUCUUCCCGACAGCUCGGAGUCAGCGCACUCAAGUGAAGCUCAAAACUCUGCAUCCUGUGUUUGAUGAGCUUUUUUACUUCCAUGUCAGCCCUGAGCAGUACAGGCACAGGUGUUCCUGCCUGACCUUCACUGUGAUGGACUAUGAUUGGUUGUCCACCAAUGAUUUCGCUGGCGAGGCCUUGGCCCCACUGAGUGACUUCUGCUGGCCAGGCAGACCAAGUGCCACGCCCGCCGGAAAGACCCUUCAACCUGUCAUCCUGCACCUGUCCCGCCAAAAACCAAGUGAGAAGCCCAUCAUGAAGAUGCUUGAGGCAAGAACAGGAGACAGAGAGGCGCAAGAAUUUGUGCGAAAGCUCAAGGAGAUUGAGAAGUCAAUGGAGGAAGAGUAAUGUGUCCCCUGUAGUGCACGUACACUACCGUUCAGAAGUUUUGAACUGAAAUGUUUCUCAUGAUCUUAAAAGUCUUUUGAUCUGAAGGCAUAUGAUUAAGUGUUUGAAAUGAGUUUUGUAGGCAAAAAUAUAAUAUAAUAAUAUAAAUAUAAUAUAAUAUAAAAGUAUAAUUAUUUCAUUAUAAAACUAAAAUUUAUAUAUAUAAAAAAAAUUGUUUUUGAAAUUGAUCACUUGGACCAAAAUAAUAAAUAAAAGCAGCCACUAAGUGCCCAACACAGAUGGGAACUCCUUCAAUACUGUUUAAAAAUCAUCUCAGGGUGAAACCUCAAGAAGUUGGUUGAGAGAUUGUCAAGAGUUCAUGUCUGCAAAUUCUAGGCAACCACUUUGAAAAUGCUAAAAUAUGACACAGUUUUGAUUAAUUUUGGAUUUUGUUUAGUCACAACAUAAUUCCCAAAGAUCCAUUGAUGUUAUUCCAUAGUUAUGAUGACAUUACUAUUAAUCUAAAAUAUAUUAAAAAAAAUAAUAAUAAAUUAUUAUAAUAAAGAAUGAGUAAAUGUUUCAAAACUUUUGACCGGUAGUGUAUUUCUGAUGGUAGUCUUUUUUACUUGUUGUACUAUGUUUACUCUUCAAAUGCAAACACUUUAAAAUUUGUAUUUUUCACUGUUGUCCAGUAAAAAAGGUAAGAUCGUGUUUAAAGAUCAGUAUUUUAUCACUGUUCAGCCCAUUGAUGGAGCAUAUUGUUAAUAGAACUAUAUGAUUUUUGCAGUCUAUUUUGAAUUUGUUUUUUCUCAGAAUUAAAUUCUAAAGUGUAUUUGAGGUACAGAUUAGUUUGUAUUGAACUUUGAAAUACUGAGGAGACAAUAAACAUAUUUUACAUUUGAGGAUUUUCAACAAACACACAUACAAACAAAAAUAAUGACUAA